CCCCCACCGCCACCAACUCCAGGCACAGACCAAGAGCUACUUUUUAUAACCACAUGUUGCUGUGGCGAGCGACUGCAUCGGUGGGGUUGCAGCUGCUGCUCACGUACGCACACACACACACAGACACAGACACACACACACACAUCUCACUGUCUCUCUGUCUCCCUCUCUCAGUUGUUUGGUGAGAGUGGUUUAAUUCAGAGUUUCAACCACCUGUGACAGCUGCUGUUUCCUCUACGCCAUUCACACAGACAUCACUGACCGCAGAAAGAGGCAGGAACAAAAGGACUGCUUUUCAUGCUGCUUUCUCAAAUCCUUGCAAGUAUUAGAAGAGGUUUCCUCCUUCACUUCAACACCAAUGUGAGAAACGUCAGCUCUGUGUGUGUGAGAGAACAGCUGCCAGCCUGCAACCAUGCCAGGCCUGAUCAACAAGGCCAAGCGCACCGCACUACCCCUCAGCGUCUCUGACAUCACUUCCUGUGUCCGGGGUUACACCCUUGCCAUGACGGCGUCUAUGACAUAUGAAAACAUUGAGGAUCACCCCAUAGAAGGUAUCUUCAUUUACCCGUUGGAGGAGGGAUCAGUGGUGGUGGGCUUUGAGGCGAUGAUAUCCACCCAGAUAAUAACGUUGCAGAUCAAAGACAAGACAAAAAUUGAGGAUUGUUAUGUCGACUACUGCACAACGACCAACGGAAAUCUACUGACUGGCAAUGGUCAUGUGGUACUUGAUGAGGAUCUGGAGAGGAUGGUUUUGGUGGUCAACCUAGGGGUCAUUCCACCACUAGAGACUGUGAAUGUGUUGGUCAGUACCUCCUAUGAGCUUUCCACCCUUCCAAAUGGGGGCAUCCGUGUAACCUCGCCGCCUGUCUGCACUCCGAGGGUCCAGAGGUCCAUUAAAGAGGAGCAGGCCUUCUCUCCCAACACAAGCAGGAAGAGAGACAGACACCACUGCUCCAUGGGGUCUCAUGAGCAGAUGGGCUCAAGCAACCAACUGUGUCUCUCCUGGCUACUGGAGCAGGAGUCUAUCAACUCCAUUGACUACAAGUUCAACUUUCAGUUAGAGAUCAGAGGACCAUAUCUACUGGCAGGAGUGGAGAGCCCUUCUCACGCCAUCCGGGCAGAUGCUGACCCCUCAGCCCAUUCUGCUACCAGUAUUGUGGUCACCCUGGCAGACAAAUACACCUAUGAUUGUCCUGUGGAAAUCCUUAUCUACCCCAGUGAGCCACACCUGCCUCAUGUGCUUAUCGAGGACGGAGACAUGACGCUGGAAGAGUAUGAUGAACAUCUGAAGGGGAGGAGUGACUACAUCAAGGCCAUCAAGAAGAACUCAAGCAAUGAAAAGAAAGUGGAUAUCAUCCAUAAAAGGCUCCAUAAAGACAUUCUUCACAACCCUGUGGUUAUGCUUAACUUCUGUCCUGACCUGCAUUCAAUGACCUCUGACCUGCGAAGGAUGCAGGGGGAGUUUAUCUUCCUUAUUGACCGCAGUGGGAGUAUGAGUGGCGUCAAUAUCAGCCGGGUUAAGGAUGCCAUGGUGGUGAUUCUGAAAAGCCUUUUCCCCGCCUGCCUGUUCAAUAUUAUCGGCUUUGGCUCGACGUUUAAACCGCUGUUUGCCACCAGUCAGAGCUACGAUGAGGAAAGCUUAGGCACUGCGGGUGACUAUAUAAAGAAGAUCCGAGCCGACAUGGGUGGCACCAACAUCCUGGCCCCUCUGAACUGGAUCCUGAGGCAGCCGGUGCAGCGCGGCCAUCCUCGCCUGCUCUUCCUCCUCACCGACGGAGCCGUCAGUAACACGGGCAAGGUCAUCGAGCUGGUCCGAAGUCACGCCCGAUUCAUCAGGUGCUACACCUUCGGUAUAGGUCAAGGAGCUUGCAGGCGGCUGAUCCAGGGCCUGGCAACUGUUUCCAGAGGCGCCGCCGAGUUCCUUGCAGAAGGAGAGAGACUGCAGCCGAAGAUGAUUAAAUGCCUGAAGAAGUUCAUGGCACCUGUUCUGAGUGACAUAUCCAUCGAAUGGCUCUAUCCUGAGACCAAGGAGGUGCUCCUGUCUCCGGUGGGGACGACGUACCUGUUUCCUGGUGACCGGUUGAUUGGAUACAGCGUGGUGUGUGACACCACACGCUACCACUCCAACCCCAAGUCUGACAAGCGACGGCGAUACAGCAUGAUGCGCUCCAACGAGUCAGCCAGCUCCGUGUUCUACCACAGUCAGGAGGAGGAACCAGGGAAGAGCGGCUCGGACGGGCACGGCGCUGCCCGGGAUACAUCAGGCACGGGAAUGUUUGAUCCAUACCAUAGCACCAUGUCUGAAAGCAGCCCUGGCAUGGUGGACCAAGACGGCAUUGGGACUAAUAUGAGCUCUUCUCCGAGAAGGCGUGCGUACAGCACCAAUCAGAUUGAAGACUAUAAUCCCGUGAAGAAGGCCUACACAUCCAGUGACCCGAGCUCUGUCGUGGGGAAAAACCCUCUGAGGAGAGCCAAGGCUCAGGAGCUCAUUGGACAGACGAGUCCCGAUAAUGGAGCCCAGUGGAAGGUGAACUAUCAGCCUCAGCUGGCCAGCCUAUGUGCCACUUCAUCCAAAGGCCACGGACGCCCACUGCCUGACGAUCCCCAUGGAGACGUUGAACCAGAAGAAACCCAUGUGGACCCCAGUGUGCAUGCAGCCACCCGUGGCCACAACAAGGAGAAUGGCUCCAAAUCCUCCAGCGACAGCCCUUCCCUGGGCAGCACAGGAGAAGCAGAUGGCUACAGUCAUCAGCUCUGUGAAGCAGAAACACCUCAAGACCCUCAUGCUCCAGACUUCAAGCCCAUGAACAAAGGUAAAGGAGACUGCAAAGCAGUUAUCUCGGGACUGCUGUGUGGGAAACCUGUGAAAUGGGAGGUGUGCUUCGACAUCGAACCCUACCUGAAAGGACGCGAGCGAGAGGAAAAGGUUCAUGAGGAUCUGUGGAACGAAACCUUCCAUCAUCUGGCUGCAAGGUCCAUUAUUCAGGACUUUGAACAGAUGGCUGAUAAAGAAUGUGAGAUUGAGCAUGGUUCUGGUAGACGCUAUCAGCUGUAUGCCAUGCAGACUAGCAAAGCUUGUAACAUCCUGAGCAAAUACACAGCCUUCAUGCCCAUUGAUCUAGACAGCAAUGAAUAUUUACCCAUUUCCAUUGAGUUUCUUUCCACUGGGGAAGAGCGAAAGGGCGGCUCACAUUUGAGCCAGCGUUCGGGAAGUAGGAAGAGCCGCGGCCAUCCAGUGGGUUUGGGCCACUCACAGUCCGGCUGCCUGGCUGAUGGAGAAGACCAAACUACUCCAACAUUUGAAGACAAAGCCUCUCCUUGUAGCACUCCUUCAUCAGCUGGAUGGGAACGGUUCAGCUUUACAGAAGCCUCUCAGAGGAGUCCGACUGUGACUUCAGACCAUUUGCAGAGAUCAGUGGAAAGCCUCUUCUCAGCCAGGUUGAGCCUCACCAGAACACGACUCCUGACUAAAGCAGCCCGGGGCUUCAUGUGCCGUGCACAAAGCAAAGCUGAUUCAGUGGGAGAGAGCGAUAAUGACAACAAGGACUACAUCCCUCUGGUGUCUCUGCAGCUCUCUUGUGGUGCGUUCAUCCUGGACGCUGCCUUGUGCGAGGCCAUCCACGUCCCCAUGGACAAACUGAAGUGGACGUCGCCGUUCACCAGCCACAGACUCAGCCUCACGCACCUUUCCCACUCCCACAGCAGCAGGAGAACCGACAGCCUGGAGGUCCAUCACGGCUGUUCACCUCCGCCUAAAGACUCCGAUCUCUCUGAAUCUGAGGACACUGUGCCUCGCAGCCCUCGAACCGAAAGCUGCUCAUCUGGUUUGGGAGAGGCAUCAUUCUCUCCUAGCUAUUCGCUGUCCGACAGCGGACGAGGGUCCGAUUUGGGGAGCAUGGAGACACCAGUUUCACCUGGAGGCACGCAGAGGACGGCACAGGAGCCAGAGGGCAUGGUGUGGGCUACGGCCGUGGCCUUGGCGUGGCUCGAGAACAACUCAGCGAGCUACUUCAUAGAAUGGGAGCUGAUAGCGGCCAAAGCCAGCCUGUGGCUGGAUGCGCAGGUGGUGCCUGAGGGACGAGAGCUGACGGCGGUCAAGGCGGCAGCCAAUCAGCUCUUCAUCAUCCUCAGACACUGGGACGAGAACCUGCAGCUCAAUAUGUUGUGCUACAACCCCAACAGCAUGUAGAUCUUUCAAAUACACUGCUGGAGAUUUGGAGAAUUUGGGAUUUUAUCCUGUACUGCAUCAUGUGUCUGGUUUUACUUGAUCCAAACUCCAUGCAAGUGGUCAAACCGUCGGUCUGUCGGUUCAGUACAAACUGAGUGGAUUUUAAAAUGACGUGUGAUGUGAUAAUUAUACGGUGUGCUGAGCUCUUGCAUCUUUUGCAUUCUUUUCUUUCUCGAAAAAAAUGAAAACAUCACAUUUUAAUUUGAUCGUCAUGUUAUUAAAAUGCUGCAGUGCCGCAAUAGAUUCUAUGAAAGCCAAAAAAUUUGUAACAUUAUAAGCUCUGCGCACACGAAACUUUGGUGCAGCGAUAAUUUGACGGUAAAUUAUUCAUAACGGCGGUUUUUAUGCAAACUAGUACACAUUAGUAUACAUUGGGAUAGCUGAUGUGGAUUCUGUUGGCACAUCCACUCAGGGAUGUCGCAUGGACGCUAACACUGACGCAUGCUAACGUUUGUUAUCAUUCUGUCGCGGAAAAAAAACAAAAAAAAAACAAGCAGGAUGUAACCGGAACUUGUUUGUGUUUCGUUUCGGAGCAGUUAUGUACUGUAAACGUAUUUUGAUUUGGUGGACUGCUUCGUUGUGUAAUGAUUAAAGCACAUUUUGUGUGCCGGUUAAAAAAAAUUACAUUAAUUAAAAAAAAAAAAGAAACACGGCUGUUUCAUUGAUGGUCAUCUUCUCACAACGUUCUAACAACGUUCUGUGGAUGUUCUUGUAAUCGAGGCACCAAAGGAUGGAUGAACAUUUCAAUAAACGCCUGCUUCUGUUGUAAAAGGCAGCAGUGGGUUAUACAGUAUAAUAUUUACCAUGCAGUGUUAUUUGAUUGUACUUGGAGACUUAACAAGAUGUCAAAUCGUUGCUGAGACAGCACUUCCUGUCAGUGCUCUCCAGUCUUAAGUGCCUGACCCAGCCUAACUAUGAUUGGUUAUUUUUAUUUAUAUAUUUUUUUCUGUAAUGCCAUGUGAAGGUUAUCUCUCGUGUGCUAGUUAUUAGUGUAUUUAUGAAAUCCGUGAAUCUGUUGUUGCUGAAUUUGGCCAUCAUUUUAAAGUUGCGGCAAAUCGUAUGUGAAUUCCAAGAAAUAUUCGAUGCGUUAUCCACAUGAAUGGCUGUUUUAUUUUUAAUUUAAUGACUUUUUUUUUUACCUUUUCCAUACACGAUUGUAACUGUCACUCAGGUAUCACUGCUGUGUAGGUUGAGUCCCUGUGGCUGUUGCUGCAUGAGUUUGUCCGAGAGCCACCGCCAAUGUGUAACGUUUUGCUCGUGAACGUGACUGUUGACUCUUUGCGUGAAAAAAUCGUGAACUCUAUGUUCGAGGUCAGUCGUGUUUUUUCCCCCAAAGUGGUUAUCAAGCGCUUGUAGUGCCUCUCGUGCAAUGACGGAGUGUGUAACUGCAUGUAAUAAAAGUCUUGCU